GUUUGGGUUGUCCCCAGCCCCACCCCCAACGGUUAGUAGCCCAAACCAUUUUUUUUUUAAAAUUAGACCGGACCCGGGCCCGGGCCCGACCCGGCCGGGCCGGGUCACAAUAAUCAAGCACCGAGCCCGCCCUGCCCCUUCCCACCGGUUCGGGUCCAUACCCGGUCCCGGACCGCCCGACCGAGCCGGUCCCGGGCCCGCACAGUACCGGGCCGGGCCGGGUCACGGGCCGGAUGGCCCGAACCGAAUCCAUCCCUAAUUAGAAGAAGUGAGAGUGCUUCCAUAGGUUCAUUGUUGAAUCUAAUAACGUUUACUCUUUUUUGUUUUACUUGGUGUUAAACCAAAAACCAUAAAGGCAUUUGGGUAAGGGUCAAGGAACACCCUACCUAUUUAUUUGAGAAAAGGAAAGUACAAUGGGUAGGAGAAUCUAGGGGUGUUCAUUCGGUAAUACUGAACCGAACCGAACCGAACCGAACCGAACCGAAAUUUCGGUUAUGCAUAUUCACAUAUCGAAUACUGAACCGAACUAAAUCAGUUUGGAACAGUAAAAACCGAAAAAAAUUCAGUUCGGUUAUCGGUAAAACCGAAUUACCAAAUAUGCAUUCAACAAUAUUUAUGUAAUAAUUUAUAAAUAAAUAUUUAAAUAUAUUAUAUAUAGUAUAUAAAUACAUAAUGAAAUAUAUAUAUAUAUAUAUAUAUGUAUAUUAUAAAUAAUGAUAUAUAUAUACAUAAAUAUAUAAAUAUUUAUAUAUUUAUGGCUAAAAUAUAUAAAUAUAUUAAUAUUUAUAUAUUUAUGGCUUAUAUAUAUUUAUAUAUUUAUGUUUUUUUUUUCAUUUACCCCAGUGCUGCAAAGGCUCCCACCUACGGUGGGGUAAGGGGGGGGGGGUCGGAUGUACGCAAUCUUAACCCUGUACUAAAGCACAGAGAGAUUGUUUCCAGAUGACCCAUAGUGAAAAUCACGUCCAAAAUUGCAUGGACUGGCGCUGCUCCAUAACAAAGAAGCGCAGACAGUUUAGUGAGCCAUUUUGCUAUAUAAUAUAAAUAUAUUAUAUAUUUAAUAUUUAUUAUUUUAUUAAUUUUGGUAUUCGGUACAUACCGAAAACCAAAAUAUUUAUAUAUAUACCGAACCGAAUACCGAAUUUUCAAAAUUAUACAUACCGAUUACCGAACCGAAAUUUCGGUUCGGUAUUUGGCACGUACCGAAAUUUCGAUAUCGGUUUGGUUCGGUCGGUUUACCGAAUUGUGCACACCCCUAGGAGAAUCGAACCAAAGACUACUUGGAAAUAAUUACAUAUGGGUAACUAAUAUGAGAUUGUGAAAUGAUAAUGUCUUGUGUCAAAUUCACCAUUGGUAGACAUUGUAGAGGAAAAACUACUUAGACUCAUCGAUGAACUUGUGGAAGCUCUAUCAUCCUUUCUAAUGCUGUAUUUUACACUUCUUUACGAAUCUGACAAGGGUAUGAAUGGAACUACGAAUCAUCCCUUCAAUAUUCUCGAAAAUUUGAUUUUUUCGUAUUUAUAAAAUUAAAAUAAAUUUGGAUGCUCAUCUACUUUGCGCCUCUCUCUUCUCUUCCUGCCGCUUCCAAAAUCACCAUGAAAAUAAACGCAUUGAAUGACUCCAAUACUCAAUUAUUUGGUUUGUCUUUGGCAACAAAGAAGUUUGGUAGCUAUUCUUUGUUUACACUAAAUUGCACCAAUCUAAUUAAAUUGCAGUCAAGGCCCGAUGCUAUGUUUGUUGUUUUUGUCCUACACGAAAAAAGUAGUUCUAUUUGUGGUUUAAAAUACUUCCACUCCGAUCCCAUUUGGGUUCCAUGUGUAUGUUUUAUCUUAUUUAUGUCUUUCUCCCAUUCGUACCCUUGUCAGAUUCUUGUAGGAAGUGUAAAAUGCAACAUUAGAACGGAUAAUAGAGCUUCCACAAGUUCGUCGAUGAGUCUAAGAAGUUUUUCCUCUACAAGGUCUACCAACGGUGAAUUUGACACAAGACAUUACUAUUUCACAACUCCCAUUAGAUACUUUUCUUGAUCUGUAUUGUCCAAGAUAAUGUGUACACUAGACUAACAUUUUAAUGGUAUAGACCAGAACAAAUUAAUCAAGUGUUUUUUCGUAUCACAAAGUUUUUUUAUUGUUUUUUUACUGCAGGGGGGUCUGGGGGAGGGGGAAUGGGUGGCUUGGAGUAAUCAGAGUUGAAACUCACUCUAUUGAGUUUCAAACCUUUUAUGUGCCUAGCGAGUUUCGAACUCGAGACCUCACGACCAACUGAACUGGAAUGCUUGGUUCCAUAUCACAAAGUAUUACUCUCUAUAUGUCCGGAAAUGCUCUUACUUUCUUUCUUAAGUCGGUGUAACAUGUUCCCAUAUAUUUUCAAAAUAUAUUUCUAUUUAUACAUAUACUCCCUCCAGUCCCAAAACAACUUCACACUUUCCUUUUUGGUUAAUCCAAAAUAAACUUCUCACUUCUAUUUUUGGCAAACUUUUAAUAUAAACUACCCUUAUAUCCUUACUUUAUUACUUACUUUACACUCACUUUCUCUCUUCCACUACACUUAUCUAAUUUUUAGGGGGCAUAACGAGAAAGUCAAAAAAAAAUUCCACUUUCUUAAAAACCGUAAAGUCAAACUACGAAGUUCUUUUGGGAUUGAACUCAUCCAAGGGAGUAUAUUAACACCACAUAAUCACAUUCCUUAAAUAAUGAAAAAGAAACAAACAAUUAGGCCCGCCAAAAUGAUACUUUUACGCUAAAAAAAGGAUGACACUCCAUCCUUGAGGGCCCCCCAACCCUGACCGGAUGGUACGUUGGAAGGAUGUAAAUUAGACUAUAAUCACAAUCUGACAGAUAGAGAGUGAGGCUCUGUCCCCGGUACUUGCAGAGACCCUAUGUAUUUUAGCAUAGUAACCCUCAUCGCAGUUGCCGGGAUUCGAACCCGGGACCUAACCCUUAUGACACUCUCUUGCUACCAGUUGAGCUACGCCCGCCGGUAUAGUUUUAUGCUCAAUAUUUGCUUUCCAUGUUGAUUUUAGUAGCCUUUUCUCUCUUGAAGAGCCAUUGUCCGUAGAAAUUAAACAAAGCAUUGCAAGGAAGAGAUUCUACCUCCUCCCAUUUUAUGUGUCUCACUUUGACUUGACACGAUUAUUAAUAAAGUGGUUGAAAAAGUAAAAAUUGUGGUUGAUAUUUGAGUAUAUUAAAGUGAAUAGUGUAGUCACAUAUUUCUUUCUAAAAAGGGAAAGGAGACAUUUAUUUUGAGACAACCCAAAAAGGAAAGUAGGACAAGUAAAAUGUGAUGGAGGGAGGAGUGCGUAUACCGUGCAACCGGUAUACGGUGAACACCGUAUACCGGGACGGAUUUAUAUAUUUUUUUUCCUUUUGCUUUUAAAAAAUGGUAAUAACUUUUUUAUUUUUGAUCCGAUUUUUAUAAAAUUUAUAUCAACAUUUUUUAUUUUUCAUGAUCUUUCAAAUGAGACCAAUAUUGCCUAUGUAAUUUUAACAUAUUAACAUUUGUGUGUGAAAUAUGUAACUUUAAGUGUUAAAAUAUGUAACUCACGUUCAGUCAAGUCAAAUGCAACUCGUGUGUAUAAAUAUGUAUCUCUACGUGUAACAAUAUGUAACUUUACGUAAAAAAAAUGUAACUCGCAUUCAGACAGGUCACAUGCAACUCGUGUGUAUAAAUAUGUAACUCGCGUGUAUAAAUAUGUAACUUUACGUGUAAAAAUAUGUAACUUUACGUGUAAAUAUAUGUAAGUCGCGUUCAGACAUGUCAAAUGCAACUCGUGUGUAUAUAUAUAUAUGUAACUCGCUUAUAAAAAGAUGUAACUUGCUUAUAAAAAGACGUAACUCGCUUAUAAAAAGAUGUAACUUGCUUAUAAAAAGAUGUAACUCACUCAUAAAAAGAUGUAACUCAAUGUAUUAUCAAAUGUAACUGAGGCCACUGAUCCAUUCCCAAACAAAUUCGAUCUUCUAUUUCACAAACCUAUCAUCUCCCAAACAGAUUCGAUUUUUCUUAUAAUCCAAUACUCAUUAAUAUAAUAGUUCGAUAAUUUCUUAAAAUUACAUACACAAUAUUGGUCUCAUUUGAAAGAUCAUGACAAAUAAAAAAUAUUGAUAUAAAUUUUAUAAAAAUCGGAUCAAAAAUAAAAAAGUUAUUAUCAUUUUUAACAUCAAAAGCAAAACAAAAAAAACAAAUGUUGCGUCGUUUUUGCAACCGGGCGCACCAUAUAAAAAAACAAAGUUAUUAUAUGGCGCCGGUUGCACCAUAUAAUUUGCCUGGAGGGAGUAAUAGGGAGAAGCGUAUAAGCAAUAGAUAGAAAUAGAGAAACCGCAAAUUAUACCGUGGCAUCGGCAUACCGUGCUCAAGGUGCACCGAUCCCAAAACGGUACCAUUUUUGUAUAAAAAAACUCAGGAUCUGCGCAUCUCGAUCCGCAUCUGCUCUACCUAAUUUCUUUUACUCCGCAUCUGCUCAUCUUCCUCUACCAGAUCGCAGAUGGCCGUCAAAGCCUGCCGUCAUUUUCCUUGGAUUCUGAUCCUGAGUUUCCGUCUUUUGUUUGUGUUGAUGCCAGUUGGCAAAGACGAUUGGUGAAAAUCAAAAUUGAGAUGGUGAAGAAAUUGGGGGUUUUGAUGGGUUCGGUUGAAGGGAUUUUUUUCUUAUCUAAUUUGAAGGUCUAUUCUUGAACUUCAAUUUUUGAAAUAUCUUUAUAAUGGGAACUUUGACAACCAUUCGUAAGGAUUGGUAUGAUGAUUUGAGUUGUGCGUGGAUGCUUGGUUGAUUUGUGUGGCACAACAAAUUAAAGACGAAAGAAGAGCACAUGACAUA